CUCACUCGCCGCAAUAAGUAGCGAUACAGAUUUCAUUCUCUUCCACAUUUUCAACUCCCACUUCUCACAUUCCUUCUCUGCCUCUACUCUCUUCCUGACUGUGUGUGAAAAUGGAGGCCAGGGGUGUGGGUUACUUUGUAAUUUUGUGUGCCAUUCUGACAGCCGUCAACGCUCGUAUACCGGGAGUCUACACCGGAGGGAAGUGGGAGAGUGCUCACGCCACCUUCUACGGUGGCAACGACGCCUCUGGUACAAUGGGUGGAGCUUGUGGGUAUGGAAAUUUGUACAGCCAAGGGUAUGGCGUCAACACGGCGGCGCUAAGCACGGCUCUGUUCAACAACGGGCUGAGUUGCGGUGCUUGUUUCGAGUUAAAAUGUGUGAAUGAUCCAAGGUGGUGCCACUCCGGCAGCCCUUCUAUUUUCAUCACGGCGACCAAUUUCUGUCCUCCUAAUUUCGCUCAGCCAAGUGACAAUGGUGGGUGGUGCAACCCUCCGAGGACCCAUUUCGAUCUUGCCAUGCCCAUGUUCCUCAAGAUCGCCGAAUACCGUGCCGGCAUCGUCCCCGUUUCCUAUCGCCGGGUACCAUGCCGAAAGCAAGGAGGAAUAAGAUUCACCAUCAAUGGAUUCCGUUACUUCAACUUGGUUUUGGUUACCAACGUGGCGGGUGCUGGAGAUAUCACUCGAGUAUGGGUGAAAGGUUCGAGGACUGGAUGGAUGAGUCUGAGUCGUAACUGGGGUCAAAACUGGCAAUCAAAUGCAGUGCUAGUUGGUCAAUCACUCUCUUUUAGAGUGACUAGCAGUGAUCGUCGUACUUCCACAUCAUGGAAUGUUGUUCCUGCGAAUUGGAAAUUCGGUCAAACUUUUACUGGAAAAAAUUUCCGAGUUUAGUUAAGCUAAGAUACUAUACCAAUUGUUUUAAACUUACCAAUAGUUAUCACACAAGCUUUAAAAUAAAAAAGGUUUGUGUAAUGGGUUUGAUUUGUAUUUUUAAUUUAGGUUUGAAAGAAAAGAGAGGCUUAGGAAAAAGUCUAGGGUUGGUUUGUUUGUGGGGUAUUUUUGACAAUUCAAGAACUGUGUAACAAGAGCUGAAGUGGCUAUAGAGUCAUGCCUCAACUCAUGACGGCCCGCAGCUUUUUUAUUAUUGUUAUAUGAUAUGAAUAUGAAUACAUUUAAAUCUAA